AUGGCCGUCUCUCGCUCGCUACGGCGGAACCAAACCAUCACCUACCUCCUCUCCGCCAUGCUGGGCAUCGGCUUCCUCUGGUUCCUAUUCGGCGACGACACCACCAUGCCCUCCAUCUCCACCGCUCCGCGCCAGCUGCUCAAGAGCAAGGAUGCAGCCUCGAACGCGCUGUCGCCGCCCUCGCUGCCCUUCCGCAAACCUGCCAGCCUGGGCCCGAACGAAGUCGCUCCACCGCCGCCCGUCGUGCACUACCACAUGAACAACGUGACUGCCACCUCCGACCCCGUGGGCAACCGCGAGUCUAUUCUCAUUCUGACGCCUCUCGCGCGCUUCUAUCAGGAGUAUUGGGAUAAUCUGAUCAAGUUGUCAUACCCGCAUGACUUGAUCUCGUUGGGCUUCAUCAUUCCCAAAGGGAGAGAGGGCAAUCUGGCCACACAGCAAUUGCAGGAGAGAAUAUCCAAAACGCAAGCGCCGACGAACAAGAACCGCUUCGCCUCAAUUACCAUCCUGAGACAGGACAGCGAGCCUCCGGUAGCACAAUCCGAGUCCGAACGACAUGCCAUGGCAGCCCAGAAGGAGCGUCGCGCGGCCAUGAGCAGAGCGAGGAAUAGUCUGCUCUUCACCACGCUGGGUCCGACAACGUCGUGGGUGCUUUGGCUGGACAGUGAUAUCAUUGAGACGCCGCCCACUUUGAUCCAAGAUUUGGCUUCCCAUGACAAGCCUAUCAUAGUGCCGAAUUGCUUCCAGAGAUACUACAACAAGGAGAAGGGCGCACAAGAUGUCCGACCAUACGACUUCAACAGCUGGCAAGACUCGCCGACUGCUCAGGCAAUAGGCGAAAAGAUGGGGCCAGAUGAUAUUAUAUUAGAAGGGUAUGCGGAGAUGGCGACGUACAGGGCACUGAUGGCUCACAUGGCUGAAGCCAACGGCGACCCACGCAAAGUCAUCAACCUCGACGGAGUCGGCGGUACGGCACUUCUCGUCAAAGCAGAAGUACAUCGAGAUGGCGCCAUGUUUCCACCCUUUCCCUUCUAUCACUUGAUCGAAACGGAAGGUUUCGCCAAGAUGGCGUCCAGACUACAAUGGAGCUCGUCAGGCCUUCCGAAUUACUUUGUGUAUCAUUAUAAUGAGUGA